UCCUAGCUCUGCGCGAGGGGACGCGCAUCCCCCCAUCCCUACCCCUCCGCGGUCUGUCCAUUUGGGUGUCUACGCGGGCGCAGCCGUGCACCCCUCCCCAGCCUCCGGCCCUGCGUAGAGAGAGACUGGCGUUCGCAGCUCCGCUCUGCGCCCCACACCCGCAGCCGACAGACGGCAGCGCCUGCGCUCGCGCCCCCAAAGCCGGUGCACGGAGCCGCCGGGGCAAAGGCGCGGCGCUGGCCGGCGGCGCAUCUCCCGUUCUCCCGCUCGCUCCCUGCUCUCUGCGCUGAAGGGAAGGCAAGCCGGGAAGCUCCAACAACCUGCCCUCCAAGAUGAAGAAGCUCCAGGAAGCUCAACUCCGAAAGCCCGUCACUCCAGACCUGCUGAUGACCCCCAGUGACCAGGGUGACGUAGACCUGGAUGUGGACUUUGCCGCAGACCGGGGGAACUGGACAGGCAAACUGGACUUCCUGCUGUCCUGCAUUGGCUACUGUGUGGGCCUGGGGAACGUCUGGCGUUUCCCCUAUAGAGCCUACACCAACGGAGGAGGUGCCUUCCUCGUGCCCUACUUCCUCAUGCUGGCCAUCUGCGGCAUCCCUCUCUUCUUCCUUGAGCUUUCUCUGGGCCAGUUCUCCAGCCUGGGACCCCUGGCCGUCUGGAAAAUCAGCCCCCUUUUCAAAGGUGCCGGCGCGGCCAUGCUGCUCAUUGUGGGCCUGGUGGCCAUCUACUACAAUAUGAUCAUCGCCUACGUCCUCUUCUACCUCUUCGCCUCCCUCACCAGCGACCUGCCCUGGGAGCACUGCGGCAACUGGUGGAACACAGACCUCUGCCUUGAGCACAGAGGCUCCAAGGAUGGCAACGGGGCCCUGCCCCUCAACCUCACCAGCACCGUCAGCCCCAGCGAGGAGUACUGGAGCCGCUACGUUCUCCACAUCCAAGGCAGCCAGGGCAUCGGCAGCCCCGGGGGGAUCCGCUGGAACCUCUGCCUCUGCCUGCUGCUCGCCUGGGUCAUCGUGUUCCUCUGUAUCCUCAAGGGUGUGAAGUCCUCAGGCAAGGUGGUGUAUUUCACGGCCACGUUCCCCUACCUCAUUCUGGUCAUGCUGCUGAUCCGUGGAGUCACUCUCCCAGGGGCCUGGCAGGGCAUCCAGUUCUAUCUCACCCCCCAGUUCCACUACCUGUUGUCUUCCAAGGUGUGGAUCGAAGCUGCCCUUCAGAUCUUCUACUCUCUGGGUGUGGGCUUCGGGGGUCUCCUCACCUUUGCCUCCUAUAACACAUUUCACCAGAACAUCUAUCGAGACACCUUCAUCGUCACUCUGGGCAACGCCAUCACCAGCAUCCUGGCCGGCUUCGCCAUCUUCUCCGUGCUGGGCUACAUGUCUCAGGAGCUGGAUGUGCCUGUGGACCAAGUUGCCAAAGCAGGCCCCGGCCUGGCCUUUGUCGUCUACCCACAGGCCAUGACCAUGCUGCCUCUGUCGCCCUUCUGGUCCUUUCUCUUCUUCUUCAUGCUGCUGACUCUCGGUUUGGACAGUCAGUUUGCCUUUCUGGAGACCAUUGUGACAGCUGUGACGGAUGAGUUCCCCUACUACCUGCGACCCAAGAAGGUGGUGUUCUCAGGGCUCAUCUGCGUGGCCAUGUACCUGAUGGGGCUGGUCCUCACCACUGACGGGGGCAUGUACUGGCUGGUCCUUCUAGACGAUUACAGCGCCAGCUUCGGGCUCAUGGUGGUGGUGAUCACCACAUGCCUCGCUGUCACCCGGGUAUAUGGCAUCCAGAGGUUCUGCCGGGACAUCCAUAUGAUGCUGGGCUUCAAGCCGGGCCUCUACUUCAGGGCCUGCUGGCUGUUCCUGACCCCGGCCACCCUCUUGGCCCUGCUGGUGUAUAGCAUCGUCAAGUACCAGCCCUCUGAGUACGGCAGCUACCGCUUCCCAGCCUGGGCGGAGCUGCUGGGCAUCCUGAUGGGCCUGCUGUCCUGCCUCCUGAUCCCAGCCGGCAUGCUGGUGGCUGUGCUUCGAGAGGAGGGCUCGCUCUGGGAGAGGCUCCAGCAGGCCAGCCGGCCGGCCAUGGACUGGGGCCCGUCGUUGGAGGAGAACCGGACAGGCAUGUACGUGGCCACGCUGCCAGGUAGCCAGUCGCCCAAGCCGCUGAUGGUGCACAUGCGCAAGUACGGGGGCAUCACCAGCUUCGAGAACACCGCCAUCGAGGUGGACCGAGAGAUUGCCGAGGAGGAGGAAUCUAUCAUGUGAGGCAGGAAGCAGGUGGACAGGAGGUCCUGCCCCAGUGCAAAGGCAGCCGCGACCUCUGGGGUUCUGGGAGGCCUGAGGCUGUGGGAGGUUGCCAUGGUGUUGCCAGUCCUCAAUGCAAGUCCUUCUUUGUGGUCUCUGCCUCCCCUGAAACCUCCAUCUACCCCCUACACACACACACACACACACACACACACACACACACACACACUCCAAGCUGAGAAUGAUCUAGCUCAGCCCUCACUUCACAGAUGGAUAAACCAAGGCCAGGGAGGAGGACUUGCCUGAGGUCUCAUGGCAGAGGGGACUGAACUCCAGGCCUCCCGACCAGCCAGCUCCCUUUCUCUUGUGGCAGCUGGCACUACCCUCUCAUCUGUGUCCAGGGCACAGGCCCCUCCCUUUUCUCAGGGAGCCUGCCCCCAAGCCUUCCACACAGCCAGAACCUUGAGCAGGUAGACACUCAGAGUGUCUGGAGGCCCAUCGGGCCCCGGGCAUUGAGGGUUAACAAGUCGAGUAGGAGAAAGAUCCUUCCUGGUUCGUGUGUGCAGGUCAGGUUUCCUGGAGGGUGGGCAAGUUGGAAAGAGAGGAAGAGGAAGGCAGGGUGGGGAAGGCCUCUGGGCAAGGGGCUGACCCUGCCGAAGUAGAGAUCAGCCUGUAGCCUCUUCCUCCUGCCCUGGGUCCAAGAGGACGUCAAGAGCUGAGGAGCAGGAAGAGUGGUGGGAGAAGAAGGUACUAGGUAACAACAAGGUCUAAGUAAGGAUGAGGAAUAUUGGGGAGGGGAUACGGGGUGGGCAUGGGAUUGGCACGAUCUGUGUGUGCUUUAGAAAGAAUGUUGUUCUGGGUCAGUGUGCAGAGUGGUUAGAGGGGACGGGGUGGAGGUGAGAGGCCUGUGGAGGACAGGCAAGAGGGGCUGGUGGCCACAGGCAAGGGUGAUGGAGGUCACCCGAGCAUGAGGGUGGAGAUAGCAGAAGGCAGCUGACACCCCAGGCCUGGGGCCAGAAGCCUUGGUAUCUUCAAUCCCCAGGCACGGAGGGGCUGCCCUGGGUCCCUCCUUCCCUGAGAGAGGAGGGUGGGGGGUGAAAACGCCUGAGCAGGUCUGCACACGGCGAGCUCCCCACCAGCGGGGCACGGCCCCCACGUGCAGCUACACCAGCCUCCGCGCCCGUCUCUCUCCCGGUGUCUCCCCGACCCAUCUGUGUUCUGUUGGUUACUUGUUAAUAAAACCCAAUGAGGUCACCCUCCUUACCCUGCCUCCUUAUUGCAG